AUGAAUGUGAUUGGAUGCAAGUGGGUGUACAAGGCUAAGUUAAGAGCAGAUAGCACAUUGGAAAGGCUUAAAGCUCAACUGGUUGCAAAGGGCUAUAGUCAAGUAGAUGGUGUGGAUUUCUCUGAGACUUUUUCGCCUGUGGUAAGGCCAGCUAGUAUUCGUGUUGUUCUUACACUUGCUACUGUAAGAAAAUGGCCACUUCAUCAAUUAGAUGUUAAGAAUGCUUUCCUCCAUGGAUAUCUUAACAAUCAUGUUUAUAUGCAUCAACCUCCAGGGUAUAUUGUAGACUUACUCACCCGAGCAGGUAUGCAUGAGAGUAAGCCACUGUCAACUCCUAUGCCAUCAAAAGGAGAACAAAAAUCUGGUGCUCAUGAAUUAUUUCCUGAUGUCAGAACAUAUAGAAGCCUUGUUGGUGGUUUACAAUAUUUAACCUUUACAAGACCAGACAUUUCCUAUAGUGUCAAUUAUGUUUGCCAAUUUAUGCAAACUCCAACAGUGGGUCAUUUUCAGCUUGUUAAAAGAAUCCUAAGAUACUUACAAGGCACUGCUACUCUUGGUCUUAGAAUUUUGUCCAUUAGUACACUUGAUCUAUAUGGGUUUUCAGAUGCAGAUUGGGUUGGCUACCCAACUACAAGAAGGUCUACAAUAGGUUUUUGCACGUUUCUUGGAAGUAAUUGUAUAUCAUGGAGUGCAAAGAAAUAA